CCGGAAGCAGGAAGUACGAAGAGCAGUACAGCUGUGCUCCGUGGCUAACAGAGAAGCUAAUAGGCUAACCUCAGCGGUGGUAGUACCAGGCUCCGGUGACCAAACAAGAUCCUCGACAGCGACUUUGACGCUCCGAAUCGAUCAUGGGGAAAGGCGGAGGCACAUUUGAGAGGCUUAUCGACAAAGCCACCAGUCAGCUGCUGCUGGAGACCGACUGGGAAUCCAUCCUGCAGAUCUGUGAUCUCAUUCGACAAGGAGACACACAGGCUAAAUAUGCCAUCGGAGCCAUUAAGAAGAAGUUGAAUGACAAAAAUCCACACGUGGCCCUGUACGCACUGGAGGUGCUUGAGUCAGUUGUGAAGAACUGUGGCCAAACAGUCCAUGAUGAGGUGGCAAGUAAACAAACUAUGGAGGAACUGAAGGAUCUGCUCAAGGAACAGACUGAAACUAAUGUCAGAAACAAGAUCCUUUACCUGAUCCAGGCCUGGGCUCACGCCUUCCGCAAUGAACCCAAAUACAAGGUGGUUCAAGACACUUAUCAGAUCAUGAAAGUGGAAGGUCAUGUGUUCCCUGAGUUUAAGGAGAGUGACGCAAUGUUUGCAGCUGAGAGAGUGAGACAUGCCCCAGACUGGGUUGAUGCUGAGGAGUGCCAUCGGUGCAGAGUCCAGUUUGGAGUCAUGACAAGAAAGCACCACUGUCGAGCCUGUGGCCAGAUUUUCUGUGGCAAGUGUUCGUCUAAGUACUCCACCAUUCCGAAGUUCGGCAUUGAGAAGGAAGUGCGUGUUUGUGAGCCCUGCUUUGAGCUGCUCAACAACCACCCCUCCCUCUCUCCCCCACUUAGGAAAGCUGAAGUCAAAGCCCCGAGUACCACAGGUACUCCUGAACUGCCUCCUGAGUACCUGACCAGCCCACUGUCCCAGCAGUCGCAGGUCUCACCACUUCUCUCUGACCAGAUGCCCCCCAAGAGAGAUGAGGCCGCCCUGCAGGAGGAGGAAGAACUGCAGCUGGCCAUUGCCCUGUCCCAAAGUGAGGCUGAGGAGAAGGAGCGAGCGAGGCAUAAGAACUCGUACUCGGUGUAUCCCAAAGCUGAUCCCACCCCAGUGACCUCCUCAGCACCACCAGUCAGCACCCUCUACACCUCCCCUGUGAACUCCUCUGCUCCAUCAGCUGAAGAUGUCGAUCCUGAGCUGGCCCGUUACCUGAACAGAACAUACUGGGAGAAGAAACAGGAAGAGGCUCGCAAAAGUCCCACCCCAUCAGCCCCUGCCCCUGUGCCACUAGCUGAGCCCGUGCCAUCAAUCCCUCAGCCUGUAGAAACUCAUGUCCCUGUCCAGCCAGUCAGCAUAGUGGAGCAGCAGUACCAGAACGGGGAGUCGGAGGAGGACCAUGAGCAGUUUCUGAAGGCUCUGCAGAACGCCGUCUCCACUUUCCUUAACCGGAUGAAAAGCAACCACAUGCGUGGACGCAGCAUCACCAAUGACAGCGCUGUGCUCUCCCUCUUCCAGUCCAUCAACAACAUGCAUCCACAGCUCCUGGACAUCCUCAACCAGCUGGAUGAGAAACGAUUGUACUAUGAGGGGCUGCAGGACAAGCUGGCUCAGGUGCGCGAUGCCCGGGCAGCUCUCAAUGCCCUUCGUGACGAACACAGGGAGAAGCUGCGUCGUGCAGCAGAAGAAUCAGAGAGGCAGAGACAGAUCCAGCUGGCACAAAAACUGGAGAUAAUGAGGCAGAAAAAACAGGAGUACCUGGAGAUGCAAAGACAGCUGGCCAUCCAGCGCCUCCAGGAGCAGGAGAAGGAGAGGCAGAUGCGCCUGGAGCAGCAGAAGCACACGAUCCAGAUGAGAGCCCAGAUGCCUGCGUUCUCUCUGCCCUACGCCCAGAUGCAGUCUUUGCCCCCGAACGUGGCAGGAGGGGUGGUGUACCAGCCUGGUGCUCCACCCAGCUACCCAGGCACCUUCAGCCCUGCUGGUUCUGUGGAGGGUUCACCAAUGCAUAACAUCUAUAUGAACCAGCCUGGGCAGGCUGCACCUCCACAGUAUCAGGCCAUGCCCGGCCCUCCCACAGAUCCGAAUAUGGUUAACGCGUACAUGUACCAGCCUGCGGGAACAAACGGGCAGCCUGGUCCUCCACCUGGUCAGGCUCCACCCAAUACAAGUCCACCCUACUCCAACUAUCAACCCACACCCACACAGGGCUACCAGAAUGUGGUCUCUCAGUCCCAGAGUAUGCCUCCCAUGUCCCAGCCUGCACCCACGAAUGGUAUGGGUUAUAUGGGCUACCAGCCAUACCCCAUGCAGAACAUGAUUUCAGCAUUGCCAGGACAGGACCCCAAUAUGCCCCCCCAACAGCCAUACAUGCCAGGCCAGCAGCCCAUGUACCAGCAGGUGGCUCCCCCCGGUGCCCCUCAGCAGCAACAGCAGCAGGUGGCGCAGCAGCAGACCCCUCAGGCUGUGCCGGGCAGCGCAGAGGCACAGCUUAUCUCCUUCGACUGAAAGCCCUGAGGCGCCAGAGUCCCACACACUACGUCCUCUCUCUUCCUUUGGUCUUUCCUCUCCCGCUCUGGACUUUCAGGAUGCCCUCUGGAAACACACACACACACACACACACACACACACACACACACACACACACACACACACACACACACACACACACACACACACACACACACACACACACACACACACACACACACACACACACACACACACACACACACACACACACACACACACACACACACACACACACACACACACACCUCCAACCUUCCACCUAGCUAUGAUGUUGUGGCUAACGUGACAUAUUGUGAUGAUGAUGCGCUCCUUGCCUCUCCCCCACUGAAUUACGGGAACCUGAGGUGGAAGCUGUGAGAGAGGGCACCUUAACCCAAACCCCCUCCACCCUCCUCCUCCCUCUUUCCACCUGACACGUAUUUAGUACUUCCUUAUUAAAUUAAUAACUGAAGCUCAGAAAUAGUUGUGGUAUUACGUUAAAUAUGAAUAAGAAAAUAUAACAAACGAGAAGAAAACAAAUAAAACCAUCCUUUGUCUCAUAUUUUUCUGAAGCAAAAUUUGCAUGUUAAAUUUCAAUUAUUUUCUGGAAUGGAAGUUAAUUAUCUCAGUUUGGGGAGCACCUGAGAGACACCAGAGUUAGUGCUUUUUUGAAAGGUUAUGGUCCUGUGGAAAAAGAACAAUGUCUGGGGAUCGCAACCACAGUCACAGGCCCUGAAAUGAACGGCGCUAACUCUCCACGUCCAUCAGGUUCACAGCUUGACAUUCCAGUUGUAGUUUUCAGUUCCAUCCGUUCUAUGCGCACAGAUACUCACACACUUGGGUCCUCUUAUCUUGCUUUGGCAUUUAUUUGUUGUGCACUGCUUGGACUUUUAAGUGUUUUAAUGUUGUUUCUGAGAUGAUGAAACAGGGAUGAUACACUGUGGGGGGUUAUGAGAAAAUUAGCUUGAUGGUUGUUUUAUCCUCAGUAAAUCUACAUUAAUAAUGAUCUCAUUGAAAUCAAACUACUAGAAUCCAUUAAAUUUACAUACUAAAGCAGUCCAGCAACUCUAAAAGCGUCAGGCUUCCCUUCUUAUUAAAAUAACUUACGGAACGUACCAUGAGAACAUAACGAAGCAUGGGAUGCUGCAUCGUGUUUGCAUCUAGUUAUAACAGUCAAUAUUGAGGGUAGCAACAUAAUAACUACAGGUGGGCUUUCUUAUUAUUUUUUUCUAGUGUACUUUGCUCUCCAGGUGAUUAGAAGUUAUUGCAGGGUGACAUGAUGUGCUGCAUGUAUGUAUGUAUGUAUCACACACCCAAUCAGUGAUUUCUGUAGCCAGUCAGUUGCCAUCUGUGAACUUCUUUAUUCCAUCAUACUGAUCUGUCUGACUUACAAAGUAAUUUUCAAAUUAUAUUUAAUAAAUAUCUGGUUCCUAUUGUC